UCUGUUGUUGUUGUUGUUGUUGUUGUGUUUUUUUAGUGGGACAAUAUGGACUAUUCGUAUCUGAAUCAAGCGGGGUUCGACUCGAGCUGCCUGCAGGGCGGCAUGGACCCCACCGGGCUGGGCAACAUGCCCUGCUCGUACGGUGACCUGACCUCCUGCAGCCAAAUGUCGCAGGCUGCAUACAGGUACACGGCGGCCGCCGCCUCCAUGGCUCGCAGCUACAAUCCGGCGACCGCCGCCGGGGCGGCCGUCCAUCAUCCGGCUUCCGCCGCCUCCCAGUGCGCCGUCAUGGGAGGACGACCGCACGUCCAGGACGUCCACAGGGCCACAAUGUUUCCCACCUCCAUGAAUCUGCAAA